ACUCAGAUGCAUCCCAAAGCUUGGCUGACCUCUUGGCCUUGCAAUGGCGUUCAACCGCGCUCCACUAGCACUUGCUGCCUUCGCCCUGGCCUUGCUCCUUGCUGCCUCCUGCGCACAAGCUAAGAUAUGCUCGUCCCCGAGCAAGACUUACCAUCCGGUGCCGACCAAGUGCGAUCCCCACACAUGCGCGACUAAGUGCCACAAGGAACACUACAACAGUGGGGCGCUCUUCACCGGCGGUUACUGCCAGGUAAUUGGUCUCAACGGCGAGACAGUACUGGACGAAGGCGGCGGGGGCGACGACCUUCCAGAGUGGCAUAAGAAGAAGAAGAAGCGCUGCGAGUGUACCAAGGAAUGCAGCGCAGGAGGAGGAGGAACGCCGCCACCGCCGUCGGACGUGCCGGAGCCGCCGCCGUCUGGAGGGGACGAGCCGGUGCCGCCGCCUUCCGGAGGAAAGAAGUCGCCGCCGUCCGCCGGGGCACGUAAGAUGUCGCCCGGUGAAGAGAGAAACGUUUGAUUUUAAUUUACUCACAUGCGCAAGUGAUUUGUAUGAGAAAAUAAU